GCCAUAGCACUGGGAUCAUGGAGCUCGCUCAGAUCACCAUGGCAAUUAUGAGCACUAUGAACGCCACACGCAUUGUCCUGGAGUAUAUGCAGAGCCAGAACAUGCCAAAGCAAAACCAGGCGAGGAGGCGAUUGCAGCGAUUGCAGCGUGGCGACGAGAGUGAUGAGGAAAUUGACAUGGACAUAGACCUCUCACAAAGUACAGGCCCCAGCAAUGUGAAAAUCAUGGUGUUACUGGGGCAGGUUCAUGCUGUGGAACGCUGAUUCUGGGCCCGGGAAACAAGCACAGACUGAUGGGACCGCAUCGUGUUGCAGGUGUGGGAUGAUUUCCAGUGGCUGCGAAACUUUCGCAUGCGUAAGGGCACUUUCAUGGAACUUUGUGACUUGCUUUCCCCUGCCCCAAAGCGCCAGAAUACCAGGAUGACAGCAGCUCUCACAGUUGAGAAGCGAGUGGCGAUAGCCCUGUGGAAGCUUGCAACGCCAGACAGCUACCGGUCAGUCGGGAAUCAAUUUGGAGUGGGCAAAUCUACUGUGGGGGUUGCUGUGAUCCAAGUAGCCAACGCAAUCAAAGACCUGCUGAUAUCAAGGGUAGUGACUCUGGAAAACGUGCAGGUCAUAGUGGAUGGCUUUGCUGCAAUGGGAUUCCCAAACUGUGGUGGGGUGAUAGACGGAACCCAUAUCCCUAUCUUGUCACCGGAGCACCAAGCCACCGAGUACAUAAACUGCAAGGGGUACUUUUCAAUGCUGCUGCAAGCCCUGGUGGAUCACAAGGGGCAUUUCACUAACAUCAACGUGGGAUGGCCGGGAAAGGUACAUGAUGCUUGCGUCUUCAGGCACUCUGGUCUGUUUCGAAAGCUGGAGGAAGGGACUUGCUUCCCGGACCAGAAAAUAACCGCUGGGGAUGUUGAAAUGCCUAUCGUUAUCCUUGGGGACCCAGCCUACCCCUUAAUGCCAUGGCUCAUGAAGCCGUACACAGGCAGCCUGGACAGUAGUCAGGACCUGUUCAACUAUAGGUUGAGCAAGUGCCGAAUGGUGGUGGAAUGUGCAUUUGGACGUUUAAAAGCGCGCUGGUGCAGUUUACUGACUCGGAUAGACCUCAGCGAAGCCAAUAUUCCAAUUGUUAUUGCUGCUUGCAGUGCGCUCCAUAAUAUCUGUGAGAGUAAGGGGGAGACAUUUAUGGCGGGGUGGGAGGUUGAGGCAAAUCGCCUGGCCGCUGAUUACGCGCAGCCAGACACCAGGGCGGUUAGAAGAGUACAGCAGGGCGCGGUGCGCAUCAGAGAAGCUUUGAAAAUGGGUUUUGUGACUGGCCAGGCUACGGUGUGAAACUUCUGUUUGUUUCUUCUUGAUGAACCCUCCACGCCCCUCCCCCCCCCGUUUCACUCUACUUCCCUGUAAACUAACCAUCCUCUCCUCCCCCCUUCGAGCACCGCUUGCAGAGGCAAUAAAGUCAUUGUUACUUCACAUUCAUGCAUUCUUUAUUAAUUCAUCACACAACUAGGAGGAUAACUGACAAGGUAGCCCGGGAGGGGUGUGGGAGGAGGGAAGGAAAAGGACACACUGCAGUUUAAAAUUUUAAAACUUUAACACUUAUUGAAGGUCAGCCUUCCGAUGCUUGGGCAAUCAUCUGGGGUGGAAUGACUGGGUGGCCGGAGGGUCCCCAACGCAUUCUUGGGCGUCUGGGUGAGGAGGCUAUGGAACUUGGGGAGGAGGGCUGUUGGUUACACAGGGGCUGUAGCGGCGGUCUCUGCUCCUGCUGCCUUUCCUGCAGCUCAACCAUAUGCUGGAGCAUAUCAGUUUGAUGCUCCAGCAGCCGGAGCAUCGACUCUUGCCUUCUGUCAGCAAGCUGACGCCACCUAUCAUCUUCAGCCCGCCACUUGCUCUGUUCAUCCCGCGAUUCAGCCUGCCACCUCUCCUCUCGUUCAUAUUGUGCUUUUUUGCACUCUGACAUUGACUGCCUCCAUGCAUUCUGCUGUGCUCUGUCAGCAUGGGAGGACAUCUGGAGCUCUGAGAACAUAUCAUCCCGAGUCCGCCGUUUUCUCCUUCUAAUCUUCACUAACCUUCCUUCUAAUCUUCACUAGCCUCUGUGAAGAAGAAACAUUUGCACCUGGUGGAGGAGAAGGGAGAGGUGGUUAAAAAAGACACAUUUUAGAGAACAAUGGGUACUCACCAUAAAUUUCACAGGCUGCGUCUUCUUCCAGCCUGAAACCCCUCCCCUCUUGGUUCAGCAUCCUUAGAUAUUCAUUGCUGUCAUGAGCAGAGAGAAGGGAGGUCAAGAGAAGAGGUGGCUAGAGGCAUUUUUCCCGGCUUCUUUUACUUCAACCCUUGUGUUCUGGAAAAAUCCUUGCUGGGUCAUGGGGGCAGGUAGUUCCAUUGCGUACAUGAGGUCCAAAUUGCCUUUCAGAUGAAUUGGUGAAUCUUCGAUUAAACAGGUAAUCACGCUUUAGCACCUACCCGGCGUGCCAGUGUUUCUUUUUCUUGGAGAAAUUGGCUUAUGGGUGUAACCCAGAAUUAUAACAUUUCAGUAACAGUCAUACAGUAAAAUACUAUGGUGAACAUGGGGUACAGGGAGUCACGGGUACUUUUUAAAUUUACCUUCCUUUUCUGUUCAGGAUUUCCCAAACAUUCAUGUCCUCCCUUGUGAAAUAGUCCAGGCCACUGUUUCUUGAAAGAUAAUGGAGCAAAUACUUAAGCAAUCAAUUUGCAAACAUCUAGCAGAUAAUAAGGUGAUAAGUAACAGCAUGGAUUUGUCAAGAACAAAUCGUGUCAAACCAACCUGAUAGCUUUCUUUGACAGGGUAACAAGCUUUGUGGAUAGAGGGGAAGCAGUAGACGUUAUAAAGCUUUUGAUACUGUCUCGCAUGACCUUCCCAUAAACAAACUAGGGAAAUGCAACCUAGAUGGAGCUACUAGAAGGUGAGUGCAUAACUGGUUGGAAAACCAUUCCCAGAGAGUAGUUAUCAGUGUUCACAGUCAAGCUGGAAGGGCAUAACAAGUGGGUUCCCUCAGGGAUCAGUUCUGGGUCCAGUUCUGUUCAAUAUCUUCAUCAAUGAUUUAGAUCAGCGAUCAGCAAACUUUGGCAUGCGGCUCGCCAGGGUAAGCACCCUGGCGGGCUGGGCCGGUUUGUUUAGGGGAAGCAGCGUGGGCCGAGGGAUGUGCUGGCUGCUGCUUCCUGCCGCCCCCAUUGGCCUGGAGUGGCGAACCGUGGCCAGUGGGAGCCGCGAUCGGCCGAACCUGCUUCAAAUCUUGCUAUGUAGCGUAUGGCCCCCACUAGACUUCAACUCAACUGUCACUGUAGGCAUAGACUAUACUAAACAAGUGAGAUCGGUCCUCUGCUGGCUGUUUCAUGCUGCCCUCUCUGGCCAGGUAAUUAAACUCUACUGCUGCGGGGUCAACCCGAUUAGAAGUCACCUAACAGUUUAAAAUUUCCAGUGCAAAUGCAUGGCUCCUAUUUGUGAUCAGCUGCUCAUGGUGAACAUCUUUCUUUAAUGAACCCAUUCAUGCUUCGUGAUAUUUAUCCCUAGACCCCAGGCAAGGUGCUGCCAGCAUGCUUCCUCCUGCUGAGCCCAAGAUGUCAGUGCUCUGGUUAGCUUUGGACCGAGGCAUAUGCAAUGUGGGACCCCCAUGACUCAAAACAGGAAUCAUCAGGUCUACAGUAGGAUUUUGGGGCAACUCACAUAGCUGGUAAUUCAAUGGAUAGGGGACCAGUGCCAUGAAAAACUAUGGCUAUGAAGCUGGCCUCCUGGAAGGUCAAGGAUGGUAGCAACAUGUCCAGGUGGGCACCUAGACACAUUCCUUUUCUGAGAAAUUGGAGAGAAUUAUGACAAACCCAGACUGUGUGAUGGAUACAGAGAGUGGCACCUGGCAGGGUUCUGAGAAGGGAGGAGAUGACUUAUCUGCAGACCCAACUCUCUGAUUCCAGGGAGAUUCAAACCCAGCCCUCUGUCCUCCAAGAGACCUACGAUUCCUAGAUUCCAAGUUCAGAAGAGGCCAUUUUGAACAUAUAGUCUGACCUCCUGACAUCUGAAUAACUCCUUCCUGAGUCUCAUGACCUGUCUGGAGACACACAGGCCAACCCACGCCAGAUGACAGAUCAAGGAGGUGGCAUUGGAGGAGAUGCCAUCGCAGCCUGGCCCUUCCACUUUCACCGCUGCUGGGCUAGAAGACCCGUGACAGCAAUGGAGGGGCCACAGAACUCUGACACAAGGAAGGGAAGAUAAGGGAGGAUAUGCAUCAGGACCUACAAAUUAACACUAGCCAGAGAUCUGACCACUCGUUCAGAUAUCAGUCUACACUGGAAGAGGAAGACCAACACUAUGACUGUCAGACUAGUGCUGAGUUAUCUGCAACAUGAUAAAGAGAUGGAAAGGGAAGGCAAGGAAUUCCAGAGAUAAAUGUUUGAGAGAUUUUUUUGAGGUGACUGGAGAGAGAUUCUCAAGCAAGUCUGCUGUCCCUAUCAAUGUGCUGUGCAAGCUAUGCCUGCUCCCUCAUGUCUGCACUACUACAUACUCCAGAAUUUGAAGAACUCGACCAUUUGGGGAGAGAAAGAAGCAACUGUUACCCUAUAUACUACACUUCUGUGCAGAGGAAAGGGAAAGAAAAACACCAUGCAACUGCGAUGAUUUUCCGUUACCUUUAAAGAAUCUGAUGUUCCUUAUGGGUGAAAAAGAAUGCAUUUAUAAUUGAGGGGAUAUGCAGUGUUUAUACUAAGUUAUUCUAUAAGCUAAUGCAUUUGGAUUACACUGGUAGUACUGCACUGUUUGAUUAUGUGAGGUGAAAAGAGUGGAUGCCUUUUGAAAAGUUCUGUACAGUUCCAUGGUUUCACAACCUUCUCUGCGUUGUGCUGUUUUGCUCUAAAGUUUGUGUUUUUAAUAAAGUUUAUGUUCAAACCAGAACUCAGUGUGAUACUCGCCCUUGUAAAUACAUUGAUAAUAAGGCAAAUAAUUCAAUUAAAAAUCCCCUGUCGAUUCCUCAUGUAAGUUAAGCAUGGCAGCAUAGAGGACAUCUCUUACACGGUGGGCAGAAGUGUUCUCCGCUUGAAUUUGAAGAGGUCUGGCUUCUGAAAGACAGAGACUAGUGGUUCCACUUCAGCACUCAAUUCAGGUCUGAAAAUGUUACUUUUGUUUAUAUUAUUAUUAUUACAAAAAUGUAAAAGCCAGAAGGGACCAUUAUGAUCAUCUAGCCCGAUGUCCUGCAUAGCACAGGCUAGGGAAUUUCACCCAUAGAUUCCUGCAACAAGUCCAGUAACUUGUAGUUGAUCAGAUCAGAUCACAUUUUUUAGAAAGAUAUCUUGAGUUACACUCCAACUAACAGAGAAUCCACUACAUUCCUAGGUAAGUUGUUUCAAUGGUUAGUUACUCUCCCUGUUAAAAUGUGUGCCUUAUUUCUAGGCUGGGUUUAUCUAGCUUCAUCUUCCAAUCGUAGCAAUCACAUUCUCCACAGAACAGACACUCUGAGUAAGCAGUCAUCUCCAGUGGCCUUUCAGCCUUUCAAAGGCACUCUCCAGUACCAUUCUAUGUCUGCUGAGGGUAUAGCUAAUCCUUCUUCUCCCAGGCAGCUUCACAUCUGAGUUAGGCCCUCAAAAGCCAGUGGUCAUGCUGCGUCCCCCAGAACGGCGAUAUGCCCAUAAACUCCAUUGAUGUCCAUAUUACUUUGUGAGAACAGGGUCCUGGAUUGUCCAAGCUGGAAGUGUGGACCUCCUGAGCACGCUCACAUUGUGCACUUUGCCAGUGCAUUCUGUGCAUAAGUACAUCAGUCUCCCACAGUAAUCAACCAAAGCCUGCAUCACAAUGGAGUAGUAGCCCUCAAAGCUGAUAUACUCCCCUGUGCCCAGGGGAGAGCAUAAUAUGGGAAUGUGAGUGAGUUCAAGGACCCCUGAUGCUGACAUCCCUUGUGAAUUUCAGGGAUUUUGCCCACCUUCAGAACUCCAAGCUGCAACACAGCACUUGAUGGCCUCACAAAAUUCUACCAUCAGGAACCCCCCUGAAUGGGUUCUCAGCAACCUGUAAAAUCAGUGAUAGCUUCCAAAGUGCAAUCGCCACACACUUAUCAAUAGGUAUUGGUGUUCUGGUGCUCCUGACAGAUUUCAUGAAGCGUGGUUUUCCUCGUCCACUUAUGGGUUUACACCAAUGAGUGUUUCAUCUGUUAAGAACCCACUCAUCCAGUCUCAGAACUGUAUCAUGUAUAUCAUAUUCUCCUACUGAGUGCCCCACAGGCACAGUCUCUCCUAGUACUGACAGUACCACUGCCAUUGUUUCCUCUUAGCUUCUUCUAUAGCUCCUAAUAUCCAAUAUCAAUUCUCUACAAAUCCACUCUUUAGGAUGUGAGAAAUCCAUGCUGGAACAGAAGAUCAAGAAGUAUUUCACAAAAGAAGUGGAUAAGUGUAGAAACAUGUAGCAGUUUAUAUACUUUCUACACAGAGAAGCAACUUCUGGAACUUGGAGUAAAUCUGAGGGGCUGACCUGUACCUCCAUAAUUCCCUGUGCACAUGUGUUCUCCCAGAAUGCUGUUUGCAGUGACCCCAAAAACAUUGCUGCUCACAUGACUGAGUGCAUCAGUAGUGUGGAUGCAAGGGGUUUCAGCAUGUCCACUGAACACAAAUGGGGACUGAUCCUCAGUCCACACAUAAAAGCUGCACUGAUUAAGAAUGUCUCCUUAUUUCCAUGAGAGCUGGUGUAUGUCCACACACACACACUUGUCUGUUUCCCAUCAGUAGAUCUGUGUAGUUAAAUCAAUAUAUUUACUCCCAUUUUUUAAGUGGCAAACUCUAUUUUGGUUGGUAUUAAAUUGAAAUAUGGCAAUAUAUAUAUAUAUAUAACAAAACCAGUGUGAGGUGUCUUCCCACUGCUAUCCAACUCUGCACCGGUCAUCACAGAACUCACUUGACUGUUUAUUUUCUGCACUCUACUGCUGAUGACUCAGUAUGCCCAGAAGUCCCGCCUCAAUCUAAUAUUGUUUUUACAUUGAACCAUCAUGAAACCAACAUGUAUCUGUCUGGCACUAUGAUAAAAUAAAAAUCUUUUCUGUGACUCUCAAUAAUUUAAAUUUCAUGGGAAGGGAAAAUUAAUGAGAAAUUUAUGGAAGCACAACAGCAUGUUCCAAUUUCUAUAUAUAAGAACAAAGGACACGCAAAUCAAAAGUCAAUGACCUUGACUGGAAAGGCAUGUUUAGGGAGGUGAAGUUCCAGAUGGUCUGUGAAAUGCUGGACAUGGAGAUAGGAACCCUCCCAGAGGGGAUUAGGGGACAGUAGUCCUUGUAUGCCUCCAGGCAGUGCUGCUAAUAAAAUGGUCCUUAUAGAAAUGUUUAAAUAAUGUCAAAUUCAGGGUCAGGUGGAGAAUUUGAUACACAGGCCAGGUGAAGGUAAGGGAAGAUCUUUGGACACAGCAGCAGGGAGAUUGUGGCUGGCAGACCAGGGAAAAAUGAAAGAAGGAAUUUUUGAAGCUGUUCCAUGCUGUAUAAAAUACCUAAAAGAGUCAUUGGGCCAGAGAGAGAGAGAAUGACUCUGUGGCCUGGUGGUUAGAGAACCCACCUGGGAGGUCCAGUUCUCCAGCUCCAAUCAUUCUUUAAUUUCAUUAUCCAAAGUGGAACAGCUUGAACAAGGGAGACUGAGGGCAAUUCACAUCAGUGUUUUCCAUAGCUCAGUGGUUAGAGCACUCUCCUUACAGAUGGGAAACUCUGUUCAAAUUCUUUCUUCCAUCAGGCAGAGGGGGGAAUUGAACUACAUCCCAAGUGAGUGCUCUAACUGCAGGGCUAAAAGUUACAACAUGGCUGGUACCACCACCACUUCCUUCUCCAGCUGUUGGUAUGGAGCUAGCUGUUCACCUAACUCAUUCUUAUGAGAAGUGGCUUAAACUGCCUGACUCCAGGAGACCGGCUCCCAUUCAUGAAUCGCUAGCACAUGUAGCUGCCUCCCUGCAGCCCAUAUUUAGGAGCCUAUCUCUGUGAGAGGAGUGGGGGUUAGCACACACCCCUCUUGUCAGUAUCUUCCACUGGCUAGUUUAAGUGGCUCCCUGCCAACCAUGCUGGCUGUUGUGAAUUGCAUUCUCAAGCACCUAUCUCUCCCUAUUCAUUGUAUAGGGACCCUAGGCACCUGACUCCGGCUUUGUGAAUCACAGAGGUGUUCUAAGUGCCUAAAAGCUAGGCACUGCAAUGCUCUGCAUCACAAUGCCUAAGCACCACUGUGAAUCCAGGAUCAAGUUUCUGUGUUUAAAAUUCCAUGCACUAAACCCUCAUUUGUUUGUUUUUUUAAAGUCUCUUGCCAAAAUGUAUUGCACAUUGUAAUUGUCUCUAAUAGCUUAAAUCAGUGAAGAGUUGUUAGUUACUCUGACAGUUUCUUCCCACUCCCAUUGCACACCUGAGUAAGGAUCAGGCAGAAUCUCACCCUAAAUUAGAAGUCCAGGUUCAUUUUUUCAAAAGAAGCUGAGACGCUGCUGUGAACAGGCAGCCAGACUUACAAGCCACAGGAGGAGAAGGAUGGAGGGCCAGAUGCUUGGCUCUGCUGAGUCUGCAUUGUGCCAUUCUGGGGUAUAAAACUAAUUUAAAUCAAGCUCAGAUGGCCAGCCGAGGAUUUCUCUGGUGUGGAGGAGUCCCUAGGUGGCACAGAGCUGAUGUAGCAGCUCCUGUGUUACACUCCUCCCAAUCCCCAGUGCAGAUUGUGACCAGAUGAUACUAUAUGUGGCCAAUCCCUGGAUGCCAGAAUGGCCCCUGUGGGCUAGUGGAUGUUGGCAUUAGGUGAACAACCUUCAGGCUGCUCUUCCUCUUGAUGGAACCAGGGUUGUUGCAAACCAACUAGAGGAGCUGCAAAGGUGGCUUACUGCUACCUUCUUUCCACUCAACCCUGGACUCAUGCUGAACACUGCUCAGCUAAUCUGGAGGAUCUACUCUAGAGUCUAAACCCAGGAAAUCUUAAAAAGAAGAGGUUUUAAAAUCAUUAAUAACAGUAAAUAUGGCCACAUUUUUAAAAGAAAAAGUGCCAAAUUCUCUGCUGGUGUAAAUUGAUGCAAUUCCAUUGAAGUCAAUGGGAAUGCAUGGGUGGGGGAGGGGGGCAUGAGUGAAGGCACAAAAGCUUUAUUCAUGAAUUAAUCCUGAUUUCUAUGCAUAUAUUGUUAUUCAUAAGUAUGCAUGAAUAGUUUAAAUGAACAUAUUUUAAUCUAUUGGUUAUUUGUGAACUGUUGACAGACUAUUUAAUGUUCAUGCUGUGGGUUUGGAUGCUUAAAUUAUGUAGUAUUGUUCCUGCUCCAUGA